GGCUCGCGCAGUGUCAGUUUGGAGUAGCACAAUUAUGAAAAAGCAACCUUCCGCUGGAGCUGCAGCUGAAGCGGAUCUCUCCAGCGUUCCCCGGGCUCUCCUUCUGAGGCCAACCGAGAGCACUGUCAAUAGAUGGAUGCACGCUACGACACAGCUCUUCCUCAGUCUCAACGGUGAAGAGGAUGUCCCAGAAACCCUGGAUAGAGAACACAUUCUGCAAGCGAGAAUGUGUGUAUAUGCUCACUGUGUCCAGAGAGCCCCACAGAUGCCUUCCAGGAUGUCAGAUUUGCCAACAGCUUGUUCGGUGCUACUGUGGGCGACUUGCACGGCAACAUGGCUUUACAGCGAGCAUUGCUACAAAAUAUUCGGACGCGAGGUUGGGUGAAAAUGCCAACCUGUCAGUGCCCGAGCUGGAGGAGUGGUCAUUGGAGAAACACACAGAGGCCAGUCCCACAGAUGCCUACGGUGUCAUCAACUUCCAGGGAGGCUCUCACUCGUACAGAGCCAAGUAUGUGCGUCUAUCCUAUGACUCGCGGCCUGAGAACAUCUUGCGUUUAAUGUUGAAGGAGUGGCACAUGGAACUUCCUAAAAUCUUGAUAUCUGUCCAUGGAGGAGUUCAGAAUUUUGAUCUUCACCCCCGCAUCAAGCAGGUGGUGGGAAAAGGUCUUAUAAAAGCUGCAGUCACCACUGGGGCCUGGAUUUUCACUGAAGGUGUCAACACAGGAGUAGCAAAGCAUGUUGGGGUUGCUCUCAAAGAGCAUUGCUCAAGAUCUUCUAAGAAAAUAUGCACUGUUGGCAUUGCUCCAUGGGGAGUCAUUGAAAACAAGGAUGAUCUCAUCGGCAGAGAUAUUAUCGCUCCUUACCAAACACUACUGAACCCUCUCAGUAAACUCAACGUUCUCAAUAAUCUGCAUUCUCAUUUCCUGUUGGUGGAUGAUGGCACGGUGGGGAAGUAUGGAGCAGAGGUCAAACUGCGCCGAGACCUGGAGAAGCACAUUAACCUCCAAAGGAUACAUGCUCGUAUUGGUCAGGGUGUACCUGUGGUGGCCUUAAUCUUAGAAGGAGGCCCUAAUGUGAUCUUGACUGUCCUGGAGUAUCUUCAGGAGACUCCUCCAGUCCCUGUGGUGGUGUGUGAAGGCACAGGCCGUGCUGCUGACAUACUGGCCUAUGUCCAUAAGCAAACUGAGGAGGGAGGAAACCUUCCUGAUGGAGUGGAGACUGACAUCAUUGCAACUAUAAAGAAAACAUUUAACUUCAGCCAGAGUGAGACCAUCCACCUAUUUCAGAACCUAAUGGAGUGUAUGAAGAGCAAAGAACUGAUAACUGUGUUUUCAAGUUCAGAAGAACAUCAGGACAUUGAUGUAGCUAUCCUGAGAGCCUUACUUCAAGGUACAAAUGCAUCUCCCUUUGAUCAGCUAGUCCUGACAAUGGCUUGGGACCGUGUUGACAUUGCCAAGAAUCACGUGUUUAUUUAUGGACAGCAGCUAGUGGUGAGUUCUCUUGAGCAGGCUAUGCUGGACGCACUUGUGAUGGACAGAGUGGAGUUUGUGAAACUGCUUAUAGAAAAUGGUGUGAGCAUGCACCGGUUUUUAACCAUCAGCCGACUUGAGGAGCUUUACAACACUAAACAGCACCCAAACAACCCUACACUUUUACACCUGGUUCGGGAUGUGAAACAGAGCCAUCUCCCUCCAAACUAUAAGAUCACACUAAUAGAUGUCGGCCUGGUUAUUGAGUUUCUGAUGGGUGGGACUUACAGGUGCAAUUAUACUCGGAAACGCUUCAGAAUCAUUUACAACAAUCUCCAUGCCAACAACCGGCGGUCAGGGCGGCACAUACCAGGUCCUGGUUCCCAUUUACGAAAGACUCAUGAGUCUUUUAGCAUGCAAGCUGACAAGAAGGAAAAAACAAGGCACAACCAAUUUAUCAAGACAGCACAGCCAUAUAAACCAAAGCCUGAGACAUCUAUGGAUCAAAACAAAAAAAGAACCAAGGAGGAAAUCGUGGACAUUGAUGAUCCGGAGACACGGCGUUUUCCUUACCCUUUCAACGAGCUUCUUGUGUGGGCUGUGCUUCUGAAGAGGCAGAAAAUGGCACAGUUCUUUUGGCAGCAAGGAGAAGAAAACAUGGCCAAAGCAUUGGUGGCCUGCAAACUCUGUCGAUCCAUGGGCUAUGAGGCUAAAAAAAGUGAUGUUGUAGAUGACACAUCUGAGGAGUUUAAAGAAUAUUCAAAUGAGUUUGGAACCCUGGCUGUAGAUCUACUGGAACAGUCCUUCAGACAGGAUGAGACAAUGGCCAUGAAGCUGCUAACCUACGAGCUCAAAAACUGGAGUAAUUCCACCUGCCUCAAACUGGCUGUUUCAUCCCACCUUCGGCCAUUCGUGGCUCAUAACAGCACCCAGAUGCUGCUGUCAGAUAUGUGGAUGGGGCGGCUAAACAUGCGGAAGAACUCCUGGUAUAAGGUGAUUCUGAGUAUCCUGGUGCCUCCUGCCAUCCUGCUGUUGGAGUACAAAUCUAAAGCUGAGAUGGCUCAUAUUCCUCAGACGCAAGAUGAUCAUCAGAUGACAAUGGAAGACAGUGAAAGUAACUUCCAAAACACAAUUGAAGACAUUCAAAUGGAUGUGUUUAAAGAAAGCAGAACACAUGACCAUGUUGAGGGUAAAAAUGACAUGGAAACUCAAAUUCGGUCCAGAAAACUUCCUUUAACCCGGAAAAUCUAUGCCUUCUAUCAUGCUCCCAUAGUAAAAUUCUGGGCCAACACGCUUUUCUACAUUGCCUUCCUGAUGCUCUACUCGUAUGUGGUACUGGUCAGAAUGCCUGAAUGGCCUUCCCCCCAGGAGUGGAUUGUCAUUCUCUACAUAUUUUCAUCUGCCAUUGAAAAGAUUCGGGAGAUGUUCAUGUCUGAGGCUGGCAAAAUAAGUCAGAAGAUAAAAGUGUGGUUUGGUGAAUAUUUUAAUGUUUCCGACUUUGUGGCAAUUCUGACUUUCUUCAUUGGCUUUGGUCUGAGGCUGGGUGGAGAGGAUACCCGCAACCCUGGAAGGACAGUUUAUUGUCUCAAUAUCAUCUUCUGGUAUGUGAGACUGCUCGAUAUACUCGCUGUCAACCAACAAGCUGGACCCUAUGUCAUGAUGAUUGCUAAAAUGGUGGCCAACAUGUUUUACAUAGUGGUGAUUAUGGCUAUCGUGCUGCUAAGUUAUGGGGUACCCAGAAAAGCCAUUCUGUACCCACAUGAAGAUCCCAGUUGGACGCUGGCCAAAGAUGUGGUGUUCCAACCAUAUUGGAUGAUGUAUGGGGAGGUGUAUGCCUAUGAAAUCGAUGUCUGUGCCAACAACAGUGAUAGUAAUGUUAAGAAUUUAUGUGCAGCUGGAGUUUGGCUGACUCCUCUGCUGCAAGCUGUUUACCUCUUUGUACAGUAUAUUCUAAUGGUUAACCUCCUCAUUGCCUUUUUCAAUAACGUCUACAUUCAAGUGAAGUCCAUCUCAAACCUUGUGUGGAAAUACCAGCGAUACCAUUUUAUCAUGGCCUACCAUGAGAAGCCUGUUCUGCCACCUCCAUUUAUUCUCCUUUGCCAUAUAUACUCUCUGUUCUGCAUGUGUAGGAAGCGGAAGAAGGAGAACACUUAUGGACCAAAGCUAUUUCUCACUGAGGAAGACCAAAAGAAGCUUCAUGAUUUUGAAGAGCAGUGUGUGGAGACAUACUUUCAUGAAAAGGAUGAUAAGUUUCACUCUGGGAGUGAGGAACGCAUACGCCUUACCUCUGAAAGAGUUGAGACCAUGUGUAUGCAACUAAAAGAAGUUGGGAACAGGGUCAACUACAUUAAACGUUCUUUGCACACACUGGAUUCUCAGAUUGGCCACCUCCAGGAUCUCUCAGCUUUGACGGUGGACACUCUUAAGACCCUCACUGCUCAGAGAGCGUCAGAGGCCAGCAAAGUCCACAAUCAGAUCACCAGAGAACUGAGCCUUUCCAAAAAUGUAGUCCCCAGUAUUGCUCCUGUGCCUAUGGACACUGGACCUCUCUCCAAAUCAUCCGUGAUUGGAAAAUGUAGUUUAGGGCCUUAUUUUGGCUCCUCCUAUCCUCAGACAGGAGUUAAUAUGGCAGAUUCUCUGUUUGGGGCUUCAAGUGAAGCUGGUCGCAGAUUCAUUGGAAAGGACCCUAGUCUGAGUCCAGAGAAGAGGGGCUUGUUUGGGCUUGGGCCAUCUGCUGUAGAGGCUGGCUCCUUGAGCAGCGCUGGCCCCAGUGCCUUUGUCCAAAGUGCUGUGGCCUUGUCCCCUCCGGAGCUGCCCCUCCGAGGCCACUCUCUCACACAGAGUAAGCUGAGCCGUCCAUAUGAGCCGGGCUUUUCCGACUCGCCCUCCAGCCUGCCCAAUGUGCCCUCAGGUGGGGCUCUCUUCCACAUCAGCAGCACCCCCUCCAGCCAACCUCAAAUGACUUCCUCUGGUUUUGACCAGGCGCCCAUGCAGCUAGAGAGCACAGCUGUAGAGUUUGGGGCGUUUGUGGGACAUAAAGACAGUUUGGAGGUCGAAGACUCUUCACCUAAACCUGGCUGUAGCACACAGCAAACGCCAGAUGCACAAACCAGACCACAGUCUGAAAGCCAUGGUCACAUGAGAGCAGUCAACUCUUACGCUGGCUUCACAGAAUUUGGCCGAAACCCUGGUUUUCUCCAUCCGGACUCAACUUUGAAGAGGGACAAGAGCAGAGUUUCAGCUGAAGACAUUCUCAUUCAUGAGGACCCCAGAACUACUUUACUGGAAAGGGUUCAAAUCAAAUCAGCCCAAACUAGUAGGCUACAAGCACCAGGUGAAGAUACUUUGAAUGCCGCAGUUUCUCUGUACACGCCUCGGCACACUCACCUUGGAGCCAGAAAGGACUCUAUUGGCUCACCGUUUAAACCCAUGGAAAAUUAUCAAUACUCAGCUGUGGAGCGGAACAACCUAAUGAGGCUGUCCCAAAGCAUUCCCUUCACCCCGGUGCCCCCUAAAGGUGAACCUGUCACUGUGUAUCGCCUAGAGGAGAGUUCUCCUAACACAAUAAACAACAGCAUGUCUUCCUGGGCCCAGCGUGGCCUUAGUGCCAAAAUUGAGUUCCUUAGUAAAGAGGAGAUGGGUGGUGGUCUGCGUCGCGCUCUCAAGGUCCUCUGCACAUGGUCCGAGUAUGACAUGCUCAAACCAGGCCACCUGUACAUUGUCAAGUCCUUCCUUCCAGAGGUGGUUCAGACCUGGCAGAGCAUCUACAAGGAGGAGACUGUGCUGCAUCUUUGUCUCAGGGAAAUUCAGCAGCAACGAGCUGCCCAGAAGCUCACAUUUGCCUUCAAUCAAAUCAGGCCUAAAACAAUUCCUUAUUCACCAAGGUUUCUUGAGGUGUUUCUGCUCUAUUGUCACUCUGCUGGACAGUGGUUUGCCAUAGAAGAAUGCAUCACUGGGGAGUUCAGAAAGUUUAACAACAACAACGGAGAGGAGAUUGUUCCCACCAAUUUAUUGGAGGAGACGAUGCUGGCUUUCAGCCACUGGACGUAUGAGUACACCCGCGGGGAGCUGCUGGUGCUCGACCUGCAGGGGGUUGGGGAGAUUUUGACUGAUCCAUCUGUCAUCAAGAGUGGUGAGAAGGGGUCAUAUGAUAUGAUUUUUGGUCCUGCCAACUUGGGGGAUGAUGCCAUUAGAAAUUUUCGUGCAAAACACCACUGCAAUUCCUGCUGCCGGAAACUCAAACUUCCUGACCUGAAGAGAAAUGAGUACACUCCGGACAAGGUGUCAUUCCCCCAGGAUGACCCUGCCAAUCCAGGGGGUGGAGUUAAGGAGUCCCACCAGUCCCUGAGGCUCAUGCUUUAGCUGAAGGACCCUCACCCUCAUCACUUGCCUACAUUGUUUUUAUCACUUGAUGUUGAAGCCAAGGAACUUGACGUAAGAAUCGUGUGUCUAUGGAAAUGAGUGCAUGCAGGCUGUAACGUCUUUUGUCCCCCAAGAUGCUGUAUAUUAUCAUUUUAAUUUUUAUUUUUAAUACAUGAAUGGGAAACUAUUUUUAACAUGUUUUAUACGUUUCUGAGUGUUUAUGAACUGGAUAUAAAUAUAUAUAUGGACAGGUACAAUGUUAUUGUAAAGGCUUUAUUAUUUAUUACAUAUUUUGAAAGGUUGCCUUGUUUAAAAAAUAUCAAAGUGCAUUGUUGAUCUGCUACAGCUGUUUGAAGACAGCCUGCUGACAGAUCACCACCACUGUUUUUAGAAGUGUAUUUUUGACUUGUCAGAUAUUAUUAAAAUAUACAGGAAUUUAAAAACACAUUUUGGGCAGAUGGCAAUGCAACUUUUACAGAGCAAUGUAUGUUAUUUUAUUGUGUUUUAAAGUGUUCCAAAUAUUUCUAAAGUUUUUAUUGUUACAGAGGUACUAUUGCUAUCUUUGUCAUCAAAUGUUGAGCAAAUUACAAUCUACUGUAUCUUAUAGAUACUAAAACUUGGCAUGUGCUGAACAAAUGAAAUAUUUUAUUCAGGGGAAUUAACUAAGGGUAUUACUGUAUACAUUUUGUA